AUGGAGGAGGAAGCGGACUCUCCGCUCCUACGCUUUCUGAUCGACCUUCUCAAGCCCAUAUCGGAGGCGGAUCCGGCGCUGCUGGCGAACUACGUGGUGGCGCUGCUGAAGAACAGCAAGCCCCACGACGAGCUGCGCCGCCUCUGCCUCGACCAGCUGCAGGACUUCCUUACCGACGAAACCGAGGGUUUUGUAGCGAAGCUGUUCGACGCCCUCGAGCGCGGGGAGAUCUCGCUAGAAGACGCGGAGGAGGAGAACGCGGGGGAAGACGUCGACGCGGACAAGAAGCGGAGUCGGGGGGACGACGCGGAACCCGCGGAAGCGAAUGAGUCCGGGAGAGACGGGGGAAGAGGCGGAGGGAAGAGCGGAGGCAAGCGGGGUGAUGGGGGCCAGCGGGGCGCGGAUGAGGAGGGGGGUAGGGGGAGAGGGGGCAAGAGAAGUGGCACGUCGCGAGAGAGGGGAGUGAGAGAGAGGGCAUCGGGGGAUGAGGAGAAGGAGCGGGACGAAGAUGGUGGUAAAGGCGGGGAGAGGGGCGAGAGGGAGCCGUAUCCCGCGGCUGAGGCGGAGGCGGAAGAGAGGGCGGAAGCAGCGGGGGAGGAGCGGGAGGAGGAGGAGGAAGGGCGGCGGAAGCGGCACGAGGAGGACGAAUCGAGCGACGAUGACGACGAUAGAAACCACAAGCACAGGCGGAGAGGUGGCGAGCGCACGUUCCGCGACGAGGGCGCGGGGGGGGAAGGAGCACGCAGCAGAGACCCCGCGGAAGGGCGCGGUAGCGUGCACUCGCGCCUAGAGGGCGCGCGGGAUAGAAGAGGAGGUGACUUCAGCGGGGGUGGCGCAGGCAGGUCAUUCCGCAGCCGCGACGGCCCCCGUUCCUUCAGGCCGGGGGAUGGGGGCGGCAUGGGCGGAAGGGGCGGGCCUAUGGGGCGGGAUUUUCCCCGCGUGGGGGGCCCUGGUCCUGGGCAGCCGAUUCUAGGUCCGCAGAUGGGCAUGCCGCGGUUCCCCAUGGGGGGAAUGCCAGGGGGAAUGGGGGGGCGCGCGGGCCUCCUCAGGGGCAUGCCUGGGCGCUUUGACGGGGGCCCGGGGAGGGGCAUGGGGGAGCAGUGGGGCAUGGGGGGCGCAGCGGGCGCAAUGCCUGGUAUGUUGCCCGGCCGGGUCGGGCCUGGGAUCCCUCCCCCGGGUCUCCCUGGUGCGCCAAUGCCUGGCGCAGGGAUCGCAGGGGCAGGCCCGGGCAUGGGGAACGGCAUGGGCGGGGGCAUGGGGAGGGGUUUCUUCCCCGGAAGGGGCGGGGGAGGGGGUCCGGGGCUUAUCAGACCAGGGUUUGGCGCAGGGGGACCGGGGUUUGGAAUGUUCCCAGGGGGCGGGGGCGGGGGAGGGAUGCCGGGAAUGGGCGGGGGAAGGAUGGGCGCAGGCGGAGGGGGAAGGGGCGGGAGGGGAGCAGGCGAGGAAGGGGGUGCGGGAAUGGCGGGCGGAGGGGGAGCAGGUUCGGGGGGGCCCACGGGGAAGCGCGCGCGGUGCCCUGACUUUGAGGAGAAGGGGUUCUGCCUGAAGGGCGACCUGUGCCCGCUGGACCAUGGCAACUACCGCAUUGUUGUGGAGGACAUGCAGGUGAGACGGAGGGGUGAGACGGAGGGGUGUGUAGGUGAGACGGAGGGGUGUGUAGGUGAGACGGAGGGGUGUGUAGGUGAGACGGAGGGGUGUGUAGGUGAGACGGAGGGGUGUGUAGGUGUGCACAUGGCACAGGGAUACUCCCUGCAGCAGCUCAACCUUCCCCUCCCUCCACACUCCCUCGGAAUGCCGCCAAACUCGGCUGCCCAACCGCUGCCCGGCCAGCUGGCCGGCACUCGCCGGCCGAGAGCAGAAGGCGGCAGGGGCGGCAGAGGAAGAGGAGGGGAAGGAGGGGGGCGAGGAGGAGGGGAGAGCGGGGCAGGAGACGGGGGGGAGGAGCAGGAGGGGGUGGGGGUAUCGGCAGCAGUGGACGGCGGGGGAGGGGUGAUGGCAGACGAGGGGGAGCAUUACGACCCAGACGAGGCACUGUGGGUGCAUGAUUCCAAGAGGGCCAAGGGCAUGAGGGAAGUGCGGGUGUACGGGGGCGAUGGGGCGGACGGGAAUGGGCGCAUGCCGGGCGGACGGCGGGUUGCUCCUGGGGAGGUGAGCGUGUGGGACCGGAUUGGGCCUGUAAGUGCUGGUGGGAGGGGCGGAGGAGGGGUGGGUGGUGGUGAUGGGGGCAUGGGGGCAGCAGGUGGGGACGUGGGGAUGGAGUAUACUCCUGACGGGGGCUUUAACAUGGGGUACAAUCCACAGUUCCCGGGGAACUUUGGGGGCGGAAUGGGACCGGAGUUUGGAGGAAACGGGGCAGGGGAGGAUGGGCAGGGCAUGGGACCGGGCAUGGGACCGGGCAUGGGGCAAGGAGGGUAUGAGAGGAGAGGAGGACCAGGGGAGGGGGGCUGGCAGGGGCCGCAAGGGCAGCCCGGGCGGGGGGGCAGAGGGGACUGGGGGGGGAGAGGCAGGGGGGAAGGGGGCAUGGGCGGGGGGAGAGGCCGCGGGGGAGGCAGCGAGCGGAACCCGGACCUGAAAGCCCACAUGACCGUCUUUGUGAACGGUAUUCCGUCAGAACUCACAGCAGGCAAGGGCCUGCAAGCAUCGCUGAUCAAACACUUUUCUAAGUUUGGUCCUGUGGUGGAUAUCAAGGUGCAUGGGGACAAGGGCCGUGCGUUUGUGCAGCUGGGUGCGAGGGAGCAUGCAGCAGCAGCGAUUGCAGCACCAGAUGCAGUGCUGGGGAACAGGUUUAUUAAGGUGUUCUGGGCUAACUUUGAUCUUCAGCCUGAUCCUGCUUCUGCUGCUGCAGCGGCGGCGGCGACUGCUGCUGCGGCGGCUGCUGCAGCUGGUUCGGCAGGAGCAGCAGGGGCGGAGGGAGCAGCAGGAGCAGGAGCGGCAGCGGCAGCGGCGGCCGCAGGGGGCAAAGCAGUGGGCACGUCUCCCAGUGCCCCCUUUUCCCCUCACUCUCCUGCUGGCCCAGCACCUUACAUGGGCGGCAGAGGGAGAGGGCGGGGCGGGUACGGUGGAUAUGGAGGGGGGUACCACUACGGGUGGAGCGGAGGGGGAGGGGGGGCGGGAACGGGUGCAGGGGGCGCGUGGGGGAAUAAGUUCAAGCUGGACAAUCGCACCACUGUGGUGCGCGUCACACCGCCCAUCCCCGAGGCCAUCACUGAGGCCAGCAUGCUGUGGGAGCACUUCAGUGCGUGUGGCGAGGUGGUGAGCGUCGAGGUGGAGGGCGGCGGCACAGCUGUCACGCCGACCAGCGCCGUCCGCGUGCGCUUUGCAUCUCGUCCCGUAGCGGAGUAUGCGUAUAUGAACGGCCGUGUGCUGGCAUCAGGUGAUGCACUCACCCUUGCCUGGGGGCCUCCCGCCACCACUCCCCAUACUCCCGCUGCUGCCACUGCUGCGGCUGCUGCCUCGGCUUCCCCUGCUGCGGCUGGUGCGAAGGCAGCAGGUGUUUCGCCUCUCAAGGCUGCAGCAGGCGGGGUACAGAAGGCAGCUGCAGGAGCGGCCACAGCGCCAGCAGCAGCAGCAGCGCCAGAGGCAGUAUCCUCUGGGGGGGCUGCGCUUACUGCUCCUCAGUCUGCUGCUAACGGCACCAAUGCUGCUGCUGCCCCUGCUGCUGCUGUUGCUGCUGCCAGUGCUGCUGCUGCCUCAGGUGCUGGGACAGCUGGUGGGGGAUCAGCAGAGGGGCAGUAG